AUGGUCAACUUAAAUUGGCUAGAACAAAAGAGAGACAAACCAGCAACAGAAGCUAGCUCCAGCAGAGGCAGAAGAGUCACAAGGGAGACUAGUCAAAGGCCAAAGGCAACCAUCUCGGUUGAGAUAGUGCUGUACAGCAAGUGCAAGUGUGAAAGUGAGUUAGAAGUGACUCUAGACAGGCAGAGUCAACCCAAACCUAGCGUUUUUGACAGGAUUGGAACAUCAUACCAAGAAGGCCCAGUUCUGGCUCCAUCUAAAGACAGAGCCAAACCAAAGGACUGUCUAAGGCCUGCUCGGAGCAGCAGAAGAAUGACAGAGCAACCAAAGAAAGAGAUACCAAUUAAGAUGCCUGGAAAUGAAAAGCCCUUGGCAACUAUCAUAGAAGGCAAAUGGUAUUCUGUUGGAAAGAGUGGUAGACCAACUCUGGAGUUAACAGAACUCAAAAGAGGAAAGUUCAAAGGCAAUAUUACACCUUCCUCAGGAACAAGAAUGACACACAGGUACUUCCAGAGACAAUUUCUGCCAGUAGAGGGAAGAAUCCAGAAGUCGCUCCUCAGGCAAAACAAAUAA